GGUUAUAUAUUUGUGUUCUAUUCAUAUUUUGGUAUUAUAGUCCAGUACAGUACUGCAAUACAUAAUUUAUACAAAAUGAAAAAGGGACAUAAACGAAAACAUUCAUCAGCUUCAGCGAAAAUUCGGAAACAAAAAAUUGCAAAACUUGCAGAAGAAACAGAAAAUGAUAAAGAAGAAGUACCAAAUGAACUUAACGAGAUGAAGCCUUUAGUUGAAAAGGGGAAAUGGAGAAACAAACAAAGGGUUUUGGUAUUCACAUCAAGAGGAACAAGCUAUAAAGCUCGAUAUUUUAUUAAAGAUUUACAGAAUUUAAUGCCUCACUCCAAAACAGAUGUUAAAAUGGACAGAAAAGGACAGCUUCAGCUUGUCAAUGAAAUAUGUGAAAUGAAAAACUGCAACAAAUGUAUAUUUUUAGUUGGUAAAAAGAAGAAAGAUCUUUAUAUGUGGAUGUCAAAUGUUCCACACGGGCCAUCAGCACUUUUUCAUGUUGAAUAUUUAAAUAUGAUGAAAGAAUUGAAAUUUACAGGAAAUUGUUUGAAAGGUUCAAGACCAGUUUUGUGUUUUGAUAAGACAUUUGAUGAUGAACCACACAAUCGUUUAUUGAAAGAACUGUUUACGCAAAUAUUCGGAACACCAAGAUAUCAUCCGAAAAGCCAGCCAUUUGUUGAUCAUGUUAUUUCUUUAAGUUUGCUAGAUGGUCGUAUCUGGUUUCGCAAUUACCAAAUUGUUGGAGAGAAUGGUGACCUGGUUGAAAUUGGGCCAAGGUUCACAAUGAUUCUUGCGAAAAUUCUGAGUGGAAGCUUUGGAGGACCAGUCUUGUAUAUAAACCCGGACUAUACAUCUCCUAAUGUUAUGCGGAGAAUGCUGAAAAAGAAGUCCCAGGCAAGGUACACUGGUAAACAAUUGACUGUCCAAGCCCGGAAAGAGACUCGCUCAAAAUAUGAGAAAACUUUUCCUACUGAUGAUACAGACACGGUAUUUGAUACUCAUGGAACUGGCUGAUGGCAAUAUUUUUUGUUAUGUUGAAAGUAUGCUUGCGGAUGCACUGUUUGUCUACCAGCGCAUUUAGUUGGUCCCACAGAAUCGUGUGCAAAAUUGCUGCCUCUCUCUGCAUGGUAUUUUGAUGAUAGUGACAUAUUAUUGAGUAUGGCAUCACGCCGUUCUACAAUAUAAAAUGUACAGGCAAUUUGA